GGGGUGUCAGUGCGCGGCCGCCCGGCCAGGGCGGCGGCAUGGGGCGGGUACAGCUUUUCGAGGUCUGCCUGAGCCACGGCCGCGUCGUCUACAGCCCUGGAGAGCCGCUGGCGGGGACCGUGCGCGUGCGUCUGGGGGCGCCGCUCCCUUUCCGAGCCAUCCGAGUGACCUGCACGGGUGUCUGCAGGGUGUCCAACAAGGCCAAUGAUGCAGCGUGGGUAGCGGAGGAGGGCUACUUCAACAGUGCGCUGUCGCUGGCUGACAAGGGAACCCUGCCCGCUGGAGAGCACAACUUCCCCUUUCAGUUCCUGCUUCCUGCCACAGCGCCAACGUCCUUUGAGGGACCUUUUGGGAAGAUUGUGCACCAGGUGCGGGCCACCAUCGACACACCACGUUUUUCCAAGGAUCACCAAUGCAGCCGAGUGUUCUAUAUCUUGAGCCCCCUGAACCUGAACAGCAUCCCAGACAUCGAGCAACCCAAUGUGGCUUCCACCACCAAGAAGUUCUCCUACAAGCUGGUGAAGACGGGCAGCGUGGUCCUCGCUGCCAGCACCGACCUCCGCGGCUACGUGGUGGGGCAGGUGUUACGGCUGCAGGCGGACAUCGAGAACCAGUCAGGCAAGGACACCAGCCCUGUGGUAGCCAGUCUGCUGCAGAAAGUGUCCUACAAGGCCAAGCGCUGGAUCUAUGACGUGCGGACCAUCGCAGAGGUAGAGGGUGCGGGUGUCAAGGCCUGGAGGCGGGCGCAGUGGCAAGAGCAGAUCCUGGUGCCCGCCCUGCCCCAGUCAGCCCUGCCAGGCUGCAGCCUCAUCCACGUGGACUACUACUUGCAGGUCUCCCUGAAGGUGCCUGAAGCCACCGUGACCCUUCCUGUCUUCAUCGGCAAUAUUGCUGUGAACCACGCCCCGCUGAGCCCCCGGCCAGGCCCAGGCGUGCCUCCUGGGGCCUCAAUCCCGGUGGUGCCCUCUGCACCGCCCCAGGAGGAGGCGGAGGCCGCGGCCAGCAGCCCCCACUUUGCAGACGCAGUCUCCCUCUCCACGAAGAGCCACUCACAACAACAGUCGCUACCUGCCACCUUUGGCUCUGUGCCUACUGCCCCUGAACCCCGCCCUCAGGAUGGCAGCCCCGCUCCCCACCCAUUGCCCCCUCCCUUGUGCAUCUCCACAGGUGCCACUGUCCCCUACUUUGCAGAAGGUUCAGGAGGGCCAGUGCCUACCACCAGUACCUUGAUCCUGCCCCCAGAAUACAGCUCAUGGGGCUAUCCCUAUGAGGCCCCGCCAUCCUAUGAGCAGAGCUGUGGUGGUGCAGAUCCCAGCCUGAUGCCCGGGAGCUGACCUUGUACUGCCUUUUCCGGGCCGGCUGACCUCUGCCCUGGGACCGGGCGCCCAGGGUCUCGUGCCUUUGCUCCUGGCCUGGCCCGGUGCACUCAGGACCUGCUGCUGCCCGGCAGUUCCUCGCAGGCUCUGCCUCGAGACCAGCCUCACCCCUGGGCCUGGGCCUAGAGAGAUGCGGUGUAAAUAAAGUGCUUCAUUUGUAGAGCUGGGCACAGGCCGGCCUCUCGGGCGCCCUCCUCCUGCCCGGUGUGCGGUGGCCUAGCCCUGGGGGCCCUUCCUGGCCACUUGCCCUCCUCCUGGCUCUGCCCCUCCAGGCGUGCACCUUCCCGGCCUUGCUCCCCUCUUUGGUUCUGGCCUCUCCGUCCCCUCCUGGGCAGACAUGUGCCCCUCUCCUUGGUUAUGGGCCCCUCCUUCCCAGUGCCUAGGGCUGGAAGACAGGCUGCGGGGACCAACCAGUGUGGCCUGGUUAACUUCAACUUGGGCCAGGCUGGCCUUUGCUUUUAUGGUUCUGUUUAAGGAUGCGCCCCUUGGAGCUGGGCUUGCAUGUCUGGAGCCUUGGCAUUAAUUUAAAAUGUAUUUGUGACAUGGGGAGACCAUCCCUGUUCUGUUUUAUUGACACAAACCUUGGACUUGCCUGUCCAGCUCCCAUCAUUCCAGGGGGAGCAGUUCAGAUCCCCUUCAUCAGAGAAAACCCCUUGGGGGGUGAGGAGGGGGGCUUGCCCAGGCCCCGCCUCUUGUACUAGUCCCGCAUCCUUGGCCUCAAGUCUCAAGUCCCUGCUGUCAUCACUGCUACUCUGGCUGUGAGGGAAACCGUUGCUCACCUCCCAUCCCAAGUGUGAACACACAAGGUCACGCCUGCUCCUGAGGGCCCAUUCAAAUGCCUGUUGUUUAGGAUCCAAGGAGCCCAAAAACAAAUAAAGACCCGGUUUGGCAGAGCAA